GAUGAUCUCAAUCCGUGUCACGCGUAUUCGAGCGAGGAGCUUGUGAUUCUUACAAGUACCCCUGGAAAACCUAAAACCCCCUCCCCCUAGUCUCAUCCAAUCCAAUUCUUUCCGCAGCAUCGAAUCCCUACUCUUCGGAUCUAAUCUUCUCCUGAUCUAGAGGUCCACGCAUUAGCAUUUGAGUUGUAAUCUGAUUUCGAUGACUACUACUUUGGAUAUGUCACUUGAUGAUAUGAUUAAGAGCAAAAGGGGUGGUAAUCGUUAUAGAACCAGAGAACGCGGCGGCGGAAGGGGUCCUCGCGGCGGUCGGGGUGGCCGUGGGUCUUUUAUUGGUGGAAGAAUGGUUCGGAGAGGUCCUCCCCCGGCAGCAAUAAAUGCUCGACCAUCUGCCCACACCAUUGCCAAGUCCUUCCGCAGAACCAAGCAUUUUCCGUGGCAGCCAGAUUUGUUUGAAGAGAGCCUCAGAGCUGCCGGGAUUUCAGGGAUUGAAAUUGGCACAAAAUUAUAUGUGUCCAACUUGCACUAUGGAGUGACAAAUGAGGAUAUAAGGGAACUCUUCUCUGAGAUCGGAGAGCUGAAGCGAUAUGCAGUUCAUUUUGAUAAAAAUGGACGACCAAGUGGCUCAGCUGAAGUGGUUUAUACCAGAAGAAGUGACGCAUUUGCAGCAUUGAAACGGUAUAAUAAUGUCCUAUUGGAUGGGAAGCCUAUGAAAAUCGAGAUUGUUGGUGUCAAUGAGGGAAUGCCAAUUUCUGCUCGUGUUAAUGUGACAGGAGUACAAGGAAGAAAGAAGAGGACAGUUGUAAUGACGCCCAGACCUGCUCAUGCUGGUGGCUAUGCUUUGCCUGCAGUAAAUCGUGGUCCUGGCCCUUCUAGGAGCACUCAUGGAGGGAUCAGGAAUGGCCGUGGAAUUUCACGUGGGCGUGGGCGUGGGCGUGGGCGUGGGCGUGGACGUGGACAAGGAUCUGAGUGGAAGAAGAAACCUGUUGACAAGUCAGUUGAUGAACUUGACAAGGAACUGGAUACCUAUCAUGCAGAAGCCAUGCAAACUUAGUUAUACUGAGCUGUGGAAGUUGCCGGUACUAAUCAAUAGUGCUAUGCUAUCUGUACAAAAGUGGCCAUUGUAACUUUGGGAUAUUAAUUAGUUUUGCUCGAUUUCGCCGUGCUUUGCAUUCUAGGCUAGCAAAUUUAGAGCAGUUGGAGGCUUGAAGCUGUUGGUUGAUUUUGGAACUGGUUUUAUUCCGAAAUCUAUUUGCUUUGCUUUAUGAGAUAUGGUUUUCACUGUUUCUCGUUUUAGCUAGUGGUGUUUUUCUUAGAAAUAGGCGUGGCACGACAGUCAUGCCCUGUUUGUUUUUUUUAAUGCAUGGCCAAGAUGGUAAAGUUGCAAUGUUUAACUUCGUAAAAAAAAGAAAUCUGUUUUGUGUGG